AUGCCGCCCCAUCCACCAGCACCGCCUAUGCCUCCAAUGCCACCGAUGCCGCCAGUCACGGCUCCGCCGAUGACUCCGAUGGCACCAAUCCCGACGAAUCCACAGGAACUUCAUCAGAAGAGUGGAAACGAUGCAUGCAUCAAGCGUCUCGGUCAACUCAAUGUCGAAGCAGCCCCUAAAGUCUAUCUGAAACCAUCUGAGCCAGGAAAAGUGGGCAAGCCGGCUGACAUUCAAACCAACAUCUUCGGAAUCGAAAUCGAAAAGGAGACUACUGUUUUCCGCUACAUGGUGCACGCUAAAGCCGAGCUCAGUCCAACGAAGGAGGCGGUUUUCACCAAAAAGGGCAAAGAAGACUUCGUGGUAUUGGAUCGACACGAGAAAUGCUGUAACAUCUUCUUCUACGCUGUCGAGAAAAAUCCCGAUUUCUUCAAGAUGAAGGAUGGCAAUUGUAUUAUUUAUGAUGGACAGAGCACUCUUUAUACAACUGUGAAUCUGUUCUCUCAACUUGAUGCCAAGGAAAAGAAAUCUCGUAUAUUUGAAAUCAAUGGUGCUGAGAUUGAGAAUCAAGAGCUGAAAUCUCUCCCUUGUAUUUCUCUUGAGGUUUACUCUCCACGGGACAAUGCCCUUGUAAUCUCAUCUGAGACCCUCGGAAAGAGAACUGCUGAUCAAAACACUGAAUCCAACAACCGAGAGUAUACGCAAUUCUUGGAGCUCGCGCUCAAUCAACAUUGUGUCAAACAAACAGACCGCAUUGGAUGUUUUGAACACGGAAAGGUUUACUUCCUCAGAGCCACCGAGGAAGGUUUCGAUGCGAGAGAUUGUAUCGACGUUGGUGAUGGAAAAGUUCUUUAUCCGGGCCUCAAGAAAUCGAUUCAAUUCAUUGAAGGACCUUAUGGUCGUGGACAGAACAACCCAUCUGUCGUCAUCGAUGGAAUGAAGGCUGCGUUCCACAAGGAGCAGAAUGUCUUGGAAAAGUUUUCUGAAAUCGUUAAUAGAGAUGUCUCUCGAGGAAUGUCUGAUAAUGAUAGAGAUAAAGCUUCUCAAGUCAUUCGAGGCCUCGAUUGCUAUGCGAGCUACUCGAACAGAACUCGUCAUCUGAGAAUUGAAGGAAUUCAUCAGGAUUGUGCUGCAAAAGCUAGAUUUGAGUUGUCUGACGGAAAAAGCUGUACUGUGCAACAGUACUAUCAUGAAAAGUACAACAUUGCUUUGAAGUUCCCUGGUGCAAAUCUGCUUAUUUGUAAGGAGAGAGGAAACAAAAACUUCUAUCCUGCCGAAUUGAUGACGAUCACCAAGAACCAACGCGUUACUAUCCCACAGCAAACUGGUCAGCAGUCGCAAAAAACCACGAAGGAAUGUGCAGUUCUUCCUGAUGUUCGCCAGAGAUUAAUCGUGACUGGAAAAAAGGCUGUCAAUAUCACCGAAGAAAAUGAACUUCUUCAGGCUCUGGGAAUCAAAGUUUAUCCAGAACCAUUGAUGAUCAAAGCUCGUGAACUUGAAGGAAAAGAAAUUGUGUAUGAAAAGAAGACUAGUUCCGACGCUGGAAAAUGGAGACCACCACCAGGAUGCUACAAUAAGCCAGCUGUUUUCCCAGACUUGUGGGCCAUCUACGCUGUCGGUACACAACACUCGAGAUUCAGUGUUCAAGACCUGAACGCAUUCUGCAGCAUGUUCAUGGAUACUCUCCAGCGAAAAGGCAUCACCGUCAAAACUCCGGCAGAAACUAGCCUUCUCCAUGUAGAUCAAGCCAUGUCUAAGCUUGAGAACAUUGCCAUGAAUAAGUGCAAAUAUGUAUUCAUCAUCACUGAUGAUAACAUUACCCAUCUUCAUCGUGAGUUUAAUCAAACUAGACUGGCGGUAUAUAAUAUUUUCAGAGAAAUGUCGAAGGCAACCUCAGUCUGCAAAGAUGGAAAACGACUCACACUCGAGAACGUUAUUAACAAGACCAACAUCAAAUUGGGCGGUCUCAACUAUACUGUCUCGGAUACCAAGAGAAGUAUGACCGAUGAUCAACUCAUCAUCGGUGUGGGAAUCUCUGCACCGCCACCAGGAACGAAGUUUUUGUUGGAGGGAAAGGGCCAUCUGAACCCACAAAUUGUUGGAUUCGCUUCUAAUGCUGUCUCCAAUCACGAGUUCGUUGGUGACUUCGUUCUUGCUUCGGUUGGCCAAGAUACCAUGUCUUCGAUUGAAGAUGUCUUGAAGAACUCCAUGGAGAUGUAUGAGAAAAACCGCAAACGUUUCCCUAAACGUAUCAUCAUCUAUCGUAGUGGAGCUUCGGAAGGCUCUCAUCCUUCGAUUCUUGCCUAUGAGAUUCCGCUUGCACGUGCAAUCAUUCACGGAUAUUGUAAGGAUAUCAAAAUGAUCUACAUUGUCGUCACCAAGGAACACAGCUACCGCUUCUUCAAAGAUCAGCUCCGCGGAACCAAGGCCACCGAAAUGAAUAUUCCACCAGGAAUCGUUUUGGAUAAUUCGGUCACUCACCCUGCCUGCAAGCAGUUCUUCUUGAACUCUCAUACAACCUUGCAAGGUACCGCCAAAACUCCACUCUACUCGGUUCUUGCCGAUGAUUGCAAUGCCCCGAUGGACAGACUCGAGGAAUUGACCUUCACUCUGUGCCAUCAUCUCAAAUCGUUGCACUCUCCACCUCGGUCCCAACUCCGUUGUAUGUGGCCAAUGAGUACGCCAAAAGAGGGCGCGCACUUUGGGCUGAGAAGACGUAAGUUGUUGACUACAAUAACUACAAUAAAUGAUGGUGCUCCGAUUGAAGCCGAAGGAUCCGAAUCGAACCGUCUCAAGGACUUGACCAAGGAGUUGUCAUACCAGAUGACCGACUUGCACAUGAAGCGUGUCAACGCCUAA